UGUCCGGUUCAUUAUCCUACACAAUCCAAACACAGUUUUCGUUUGUAAACUUUGAGGUCUUCCUGUUAUGGCUAAUUCUCGAAGUCUCCUUGUUUCAGCUCUCUUCAUUGCACUGUCACUGUCAUUUUCGGCCAUGGAUGUAGCUCAGGCUCGCCGUCUUCUGCAGACAGUAACCACCACAACGCCACCAGUAUUUCCAAAUGUGCCUCCAGGACCGUUCCGUGGCUUCCCAUUCCUUCCUUUCAACGGACCCUACCCGGAGUAUAGGUUGCCGCCAUUUCCGGGCUCAGCUCCUGGCUUUCCCGGCUCGUUCCCGAUAUUCCCUGCUCCGCCGACAUUUCCCAACCCUUCCCCUUAAAACCACAGAUUUAAAAGCUAUGACUCAUGCGUGAAAUUUCUAUAUUACCAGUGCUAAAUAAAGGUUAAGCUUUAAUAUUGUGUAGGGUUGAAUAUUUGUUUUGUUUUGAAUAUCUAUGGCGG